AUGACAUACAAUAUUGAUAGAUAGAUCAAUAUAAUAUACAGACGCCAUGGAAGACGAUGAAUUACUCAAAAAACUUCGAAGAAAGAUUCAUACUUAUUUCUACAUAUUAUUAAUCGGAAUGGUUUUAUCUUUUUCGUCAAUGGUCGCAUUGCAAACUCUGCAGACAAGCAUUAAUAUAGAAGGAAAUGUUGGUGCAAUCGCCCUUACAUCUGCAUACCUCGGAUCAGUAUUGUAUAGCAUUUUUGUAGCUCCGAUCACAAUGCGUAGGUUUGGACCUGGACUCAACCUUGUUUUGUCAGAUCUUUCAUAUUUUAUAUAUUGCAUUUCUAAUUUCUAUCCAGAGAUUUACAUCCUUGUCCCAGGAGCCAUCAUAAGUUGUGUGGCAAGGGCUAUGUUGCUGCCAUCAACAGCUAUUGCGUGUUUCCAACUUGCAGAGCAGUUUUACAGAUGUGCAUCGCAAUCUGAGGAAAUGUAUAUAAAUCGAUUCCAAAGCAGAUAUGUUGGUAUAUUUAGCACCGUUUCGAUCAUUGGAAACGGAAUAUCAUUUGCCGUGUUGUCAGGAGGUCAAUCGAGUUCCAGUCCAACAACAGGCCCUGACGUAACUCCCGGACCUCUGAACACCACUGUAUUUUGGGGCACUACAACAUCAUCACCUUUUGUAAACCACAGCCAGUAUUAUUACUGUGGUAAAAACGAUUGCCAGGAUCCUGCCGUUGUAAGCGAAAGCAUAGAUCAAUACGUUCCUCCAGAUAAAAGAAGCACAUAUAUUCUAGUUUCGACGGCGUCCGCCAUAUGUGUUAUCGCGGUUAUCAUGCACGCUUUCAUUUAUCCCGGAAUUGGGAAAUUUGGAAACAAGUUACGCGAUCUUGAUAAACAAACUUCCCAAAUAGUAAAGCCUAAGAAAACAUCCAAAGGUACAAAAGUUCCAGGAGAGGGUAGCGAAGUGAAGGAAAAUGGACAUCUCUCGGGAGAGACAAAUACACAAACAAACGGCACAGUUAAAGCAGGGCAAGAUAACUUCACUUUUGAACCAGAUAUGGAAAAUAAUAACAAGUUGGAUGAUAGUGAACAAAAUACUAAGAAUUCUUCAAACUAUAGAUCUAAAAGUGAACUUUCGGAAGAAGAUAUACAAGAGAAUUUGUCAAAAACCAAGAAUCAAGAUGGAUAUUUAACGACGCUUAAGAAAACCGGAAAGUUUCUUAUUCGACCUCAAGCAAUCUUGAUUGGAUUUACACCCAUAAGAAAUGGAUUAUUGAUAGGAUUCAUUUUUGCUGAUGUUACAAGGGCUUAUGCUUCGUGCGUUGCUGGUGUGCAAAUGACUGGUCUCAUUGCUUUGACAUUUGGUACAGUUGGUAUCCCAAUUGCUUUAGCCUACGGAAGUUUGGUUAAAUAUACAGGAAGAAAUGUAAUGAUGGCGAUUGGUGCCCUGUUUGAACUGUUAGCUUAUAUUGGAUGUUACGUUUGGAUUCCAAAUCCUGACACAAUAGUCGUUGUUUUCUGUAUUUUCAUAGCAGAUGGGAUCGUGAACACUAUACUAAAAAUCAACAUAACUGUGGUUUACGAUGAAUACUUUCCCGGCGAAUCACAUAUAUCAGUCAACGUAUGGAACUUCUGGAUGCAAGGCGCUGUUGGUUUACAAUAUGCACUGAGUACGUUCAUGUGUAUGGUUGAUAAAAUAUACCUCGGAGUCGCAUUUCUCUUUGUAUCUGUGUUUUUUUACGCAAUCGCAGAAAUUCGACAUUCUGCCAAGAAACGUGCCAAAGAAGAAGAAAAAAAACAAGAAGAUGAACCACAAGCAUCAUCAACGAAACUCUAAACUAUAAAGUCCUCAUGCGCAACGAAAGUACGUGGAAAAGGAUCAUCCUGUCAAACGAGACGAACGUUAGAGUCAAUGAGUUAUUCUAAGGCUAUAGCCAUCAACAACUGUUUGGUUUCAUACCAAUCAUGCAAUAGUGACUGAACUUUG